ACACGGAACAUCCAUGGAAGUGACCGCCCCAUUCUAAAAGUCAUUAAAAAAAACCAAAUCAAACAUUGGAAUCAUCAUCGGGUGUUCAUGUAACUCCCCGGACACUUUCUGGCUUUGUCUACAACAUUUUCUCUAUUUAUAUAUCUACAACUUUGAGUUUCUUCAUCAAUUUACUUCCUUUUCACUAUUUGUAAUACCCUAUAUAUCUCGUUAUUUUCAGCCUGCAUUUUAGUCAAUCCAAUUCCAAUGGCUGCUUUUGCUUCAAUCUCCGCAUCUUCAUUGCCCGCCCCUGCUACAAUUCCUUUUGCCAAAGGAUCUAUUUCUCAGCACAAAAGCUUCACCACCAUUGGAUGUCCAGUAGUAUGUAAUGGAUUGAAACUUAUUCCAAAGACUCAAUUCUCCAAGGAGAGAAACAAAUUUUCGACUCGAUCUAGCUGCUUUAAGACACCAGUUUCAUGCUCUCUUGCUCAACCUGAGACAUUGAAAACCGUCCAAAAUACCAUUGCCAAGCAAUUGUCAAUUGAUGCGAGCACAGUGACUCCUGAUACUAAAUUUGCUGAUCUAGGAGCUGAUUCACUUGACACGGUGGAGAUAAUGAUGGCGUUGGAGGAACAAUUUGGAGUUUCAGUCGGAGAAGGCGGAGCUGAGAACAUCGCAACUGUCCAAGAUGCCGCAGACUUGAUUGAGAAAGUGAAAGCUGCUGCUGCAUAGGCCACUUACAAGAAUACCAGAACUUCUUUUAUUUUAGUUCUAUAAAUGCCACCAAAGAUAAAAUCAUAAAUUACAGUAAUCGAUUUUCCUUUUCUUUCCUACAAGGUGUGGCACUAUUUUUCUUUCCUUUUGCUUAACCAAGAGGGCAAUUUUUGUAACAGGGUGGGUCUUAAAUUGUAGCCUGUCACUUGUCUCUUUGUUCUUAUUCUGUUUCAUGCAAAAGCAAGAACGAAAACAAUAAAGUCAAUGAAUAAAUGCAUGAAUCAACUUGAGCUUUGUUUUCA